UACUGUUUCACGAUCACCUAUAAGAGUGAGGGCCAGCGACAGUACGACCUCCGGACUGACACAGAGUCUGAAUGUAAUGCUUGGAUCGACCACAUCAAACGGGCACCGUACAGUAAAGUGUUGGAGCAGAAGGAGGAGCUGGAACAGAAACACUUACACCUGUUACAGAUCCUGGACAGUGAGCGGCAGGCUAAAUGGCACUACGUUCAGCAGACAGAAGAACUCGCCCAGGAUGUCAAGAAACUCCGAACAGAGUUGGCAAAAUUCAAAAAGGAUCGCGUGGCUGAAGAAAACCAAGAUGAAGAGACUGACGAGCUGAAGAAAAUUAAGAAAGUGCAGAGUUUCUUCCGAGGCUGGUUGUGUCGACGGCGUUGGAAGCAGAUUGUGGAGCUGUACAUACGAUCCCCUCAUGCAGAGAGUAUGCGCAAACGUAACAGUAUUGUGUUCAACAUGGUGGAAUGUGAAGAAGAGUACAACCGACAGUUGUCUACCCUUGUCACGUGCUUUCUGCGACCCCUUCGGAUGGCAGCAUCCUCUAAAAAGCCCCCCAUUACUCAUGAUGAUGUUAACUCCAUAUUUUUAAAUAGAUUUUUGAAAGGAUUGUGUGCAAGAUUAGAGAACUGGCCAACUUUAGUGUUAGGUGACCUAUUUGAUAUGCUGCUUCCUAUGCUAUGUAUAUACCAGGAGUAUGUUAGGAACCACCAUUACAGUCUGCAAGUUUUGGCAGAAUACAAACAGAAACUAGAAUUCAACAAUCUGCUCAAACGCUAUGAAGAGAAGCCGCUUUGUGAGAGCAGAACAUUGGAAAUAUUUCUAACUUAUCCUAUGCACCAGAUACCUCGAUACAUAAUCACACUCCAUGAGUUGCUGGCUCACACACCCCACGACCAUGUUGAGAGACAGAGCCUGGAGUAUGCCAAGAGCAAACUUGAGGAGCUAUCACGGAUUAUGCACGAUGAAGUAAGCGAGACAGAAAACAUCAGGAAGAACCUGUCCAUUGAGCGUAUGAUCGUGGAAGGUUGUGACAUACUCCUAGACGUCAAUCAGACAUUUGUCCGCCAAGGGGCGUUACUGCAAGUCUUCAACGAAAAAGGGAAAUUUGGACGCGGUCGCCUUGGCUCCUUCAGCUCUUCAUUCAAGGAGUCCAAAAAAGAGGUGGUGCGCCAAGUGUUUCUCUUCACCAAUCAUAUGUUACUAACCACACGGUCCUCGAACGGAAGACUGCACCUUGCCAAAAUUUUGCCUAAAGAUAGACAGCAUUAUGGAAAGAUUCCUCUGAUUGAUUGUACACUGAUUGAGGACCCCAGCACAGAAAUCUGCUUCUUUGAUGACGAGACUGCUUCAGUUGACUCCAGCUUCAGUUUACUAAGUGUUACAUCUGGUGCAACACUGCUGUCCACACAGUCCUGUGAGAGGGACGCGCGUCCAGAUUACAAUGGACUAGAUUUUAAGAUCAUAGUUGAUUCCAAAAGUGGCCCACCCACCACUAUCACUCUCGUGGCCUCUACACACCAGGAGAAGAUAGCCUGGUGCAGUGAUAUCAGCCAGUGUAUUGAAAACUUGCACUACAGUGAUUUGCUCAAUACCUCCAUGAGUGAGUCAUCUUCAGUCACGAUGCCCCAGUCUGUCAGGAGUGCCUUAUCAGACAACAAACCGGCUCGCUCACGUCGCAAUAACACACGCUCGUGGAAAAAGACUGUUCCACAUAAUAUACAUGCCCCUAAGUUGUCAGAUCCCAAGUUGUUCCGAGAUGAUGUAGAUAUCAAGUUUAGUAGAACUCUCAACUCCUGUAAAGUCCCACAGAUCCGCCAUGCCAGUGUUGAGCGGUUAUUGGACCGCCUCACAGAUCUCAGGUUUCUCAGUAUUGACUUCCUCAACACAUUCCUACUGACCUACCGCGUCUUUACCACUGGCAAAACAGUCUUGGAGGCGCUCAAGCGUGUCUACAAAAACCCAGAGUGUGGCAACUUGGAGUCUGGGUCCUCCUCCUGUCAAUCCUCCUCAGAUACAGAUAUCUAUGGUGCAGGGGGAAGUCCCCCACAGUUCACGGGGGAACCUCCAUCGACACACAAACUCAUGAUCAAACCACACGCAGAGAAACCAAGGAGAAUCAGUACAGGGUGUAUGAAUAUAGAGGUCACAGGGUCAACUUUGUCAAAACCCCCGCACGCACAACCACAGCCACUAACCAAGGACCUGGAAUCAGAAACAACUAAACCUAAAGACCAACAACGACGGGUGUCCUUCCAUAAGUUAGAAAGAGGUGAUUCUGUGGACACGGGUGACAGUGAUGACAGCCGGUCAGAGCUUGCAUCUUACCUGUUCCCGCCGCGGGCAAAGCUGGCUCCGAUAGCUUCCCUGGAGACGUUGUGUGACCCUGAAAUCACCCUCCCUGAUGUGCCUGCCAUCACAACUAAUGAUUUGUUGACCACAGGCAUCAUGCUACCAGAUGUUCCCGGAGAAUCUUCAGUCGACGAUUUUGACAGCAAAUAUUCAAUAGACUUUGCCUCACCAUCGGACUAUGAAAAUGAAUUGUCCGACACAAGACAGAGUAGUUCCUACACGCUUGUGUCUGCAGCAAGUUCUGACACUCUAACACCAGGCACACCCCGUAUAAGUCCAAUGCCCUCCCCCCGUAUCAGCCCGCGGAUGAUCCACGGCUACACAAACGGCUCUCCUCGUAGUAUGAGUCCACGUAGGCCAUGUUCUCCAAGCAAACCUUUGUUUACUGGGUCUGACUUCAAAAUUCUGGACGCUCUAGCACUGUCUCCUACUAGUAGUCCUAUACGAGUGAUUAAACCGCACACUGUCUCAUCUCCCAUCAGAAUCCCUUCCCCCAUUAGGUCAACUUCACCGAGUCAUCAGAUUGCCUCCCCCAUACGGCGCCCUUCGUCACCAGGACCACAACAGGUAACCUCACCCAUUCGCCGCCCCUCCUCGCCCCGUCUCUCCUCCCCUGGACGGUCGCCAAGCUGCAGCCCUAAGCCACGGCGGGCGCCCUCACCCAUAAGUGCCAGUAUGUCAUCACCCAACAUCCUCAUGCCGCAUAUCAAAAUCAGACCAACUAAGCGUGGGAGUACAGAGGUGGAGUCCAUUGGCAGUAUUACACCCCGCAGCAGUAUCGUAACACUGAUCGAAGGCUCCCCGCCCCCAGCCAAGGCUGGAGCUGUCGUUACGUCUUCACGCAGGUCAAAACGAAGGUCAAGCUCCUCAACUGCCAUGACAGCAUUUGCUGUGGCCACUGCUGGGUCAGCCUAUCAGUCUGAACAACAACAGCAACAACAACAACAACAGCAGGGACAGCCAAUCGUACAGACACCCACCACCCAACCCCAGCAGUCCUCCCAACCUGCACAGCCUCCUCAGCAACCUCCCAAACGUUACCUCAGCACCGGUGCAGUUGUCACCGAUCCUCGUCUUCUAAAGAAGCGUGAAUCAGUGAUCAGCACAGCAGCAACUAUGCGUGUCCUAAACAUCAUCAAACACUGGGUCUCCAAGCACCAACAGGACUUUGAGUGUGACAUUGAGCUAAAGCGAGCUGUGAUUGACAUGCUGGAGGAGAUGGCCUGCAAUACUUCACUGGUUCCCACGGAGCAGAAGGCUGCAGCCUCCAUCCUUCGCACCGUCACCAAGGAAAAUGAGGAGAUCAAGAGAGUUGACCUCACUAAACUCCUCACUCCACCAGAGGUAUCAACGAAGGACACAUUUGACACCCUAUCUGCGUUGGACAUAGCAGAGCAGCUCACCUACCUCGACCAUAAGAUAUACAUAGGCAUUAGGAGCGAAGAACUGCUGGGUCAGGCGUGGAUGAAGCCAGACAAGUCCCAUAAAGCCCCACAUGUCCUACUAGUCAGCAAACGCUUCAACGAGGUGAGCCGUCUGGUUGUGUCGGAGAUCGUGGGCAGACAGAACCUACAAGAUCGUGUGUCUUGUAUAGAGAAAUGGGCAGCCAUCGCUGAUAUCUGUCGCUGUAUGCACAACUACAACGGCGUGCUCCAGAUCUGUGCUGCCUUCGUCAACAGCUCGGUCUACAGACUCAAAAAGACGUGGGAAAAACUCUCCAAACAGACAAAACAGAUGAUAGAACGCCUACAGGUGCUGGUGUCAUCCGAUGGGCGCUUUAAGAACAUGAGGGAUGCCCUCCACAGGUACACCUAUGGGGACUCCUUAGCCGAUAUGUGUGAUCCUCCCUGUAUACCCUACCUGGGUAUGUACCUGACGGACCUCUCAUUUAUCGAGGAGGGAACACCAGACAACACUGACGAAGGACUAGUCAACUUUUCCAAAAUGAGGAUGAUCGCACAUGUUAUACGGGAGAUACGAUUAUUUCAACAAACUCCAUACAGAAUAGAGCACCAUGUUAGAAUAACUAACUACCUACUAGAUCCAAAUAGACUACUAGGCGAUGAUCGGACAUACAAAGCAUCUCUGGAAAUAGAACCAAAGCAGUCUCGACUGUCAACUGUUUCCCUAGCACCGUCUUGACCACAGCAUCGGUAACAUAGCAAUGGUGUUCUCAUUGUGCCAGGACUAACCAAAGUCCUGCAGUGUCCAGUCAUCCAGUACCUCCCCUCCCAUUGCCCAAUGAUUGACAUGUUAUCAUUCCAUAUUUGGAGAAGCAUUCCACGAGAAGGAGGAGCCUAUUCCAUAAAAGGAAUGAUUAUUCCAUAUAAGGAUAUACGAUAUUCCAUUGAAGGAUGUAAUCCAUACAAGGAAAAAUGUUCUGUAUAAGGAUGUAUGUUCCAAAUAAGGAUGUACGUUCCAAAUAAGGAUUAUGUUCCAUAUAAGGAUGUAUGUUCCAUAUAAGGAUGUAUGUUCUGUAUAAGGAUGUAUGUUAACGCUCCAUAAAAGGGGUUUCUAUGUUUUCCAUAUAAGGAAACACAUUCCAAAUAAGGAGAUGUGUUGUUCUUUCUACAGAUUCCUGAGGAAGUUUACAGAAUGUUUCAUUGAGCCAGCAUAUAAUGUCUUUCCAAGUGCUUGAGGUUGUGUAAAGGAAGUGUAAAAGCCAAAUACCAUCUGUGUUACUACCACAUACAUAUCUUAUACACUACCACAGUGUUAUAUACACAUCACUACCACAGUGGUAUAUACACACCACUACCACAGUGUUAUAU